CAGUGAACGGCAGUACACCGCGAUCGAAGGAGGUUCUUGGGCGCGCGGGCACGGCCGAAUAAAGGCGCGCGCCUUAUUUAACAAGGCACCCCGCGCGUUUUCCUCCGCUUGCUUUUUAGUAUAUGUCUGCUCGCUCGCUCGCGCGACCGCGACCGCGAGCCAUAAGAGUAGUCGGCAGCCGUGGCCGUCGCGAGGAUCUUCUCUGCGCUCGUCCUUUUCGUCGACGAUAGUGCCCGCCGGGGAUUUUCGCACGAACUUUGGACUUUCAGACUUCGCGAAUAAUUGGCGUCCAAUAAUCGCAAUAAGACGCGUCAUCGCGUCGCGAUCCAGCGCGACUUUCGCCGAUUAUGGAUAGGAGAGAGCGCGGCGACGAGCAGCGCGAAUGCCUAUCUUGAACCAAUCUGUGAAGCAUAUUGUAGGCGGUGGAGAACGGCGGAGGCGUACGCGGGGCGACGUGCUCGCCAGGCGCUUUUACUCGAGAGAUUGACUAUCGGGACGCAAAAUGGUAUCGAGGCGGAAGAUACUUUCGCGUUCGCGAGAUAAUCUCGUGGAGUCGCAGUACGAGGAGCAAGAUGAAGAAGACAUAUGGUAUAACUUGGAUAAAUUGUACAAGGAUCACAUACAAGAGGUCUUAGAUAAAUGGAAUCAGAUAGACGACGAAAUUUGGGCGAAAGUUAUCGUCUUUGAGAGAAAUAGACGGGUUGCGAAAGCAUAUGCCAGAGCGCCUGUCCUCACGAUAAACGGUUCGAAUGACGGAUUUGACGGAUUCAGGAUAGGACUUUGCGGAUUCGAUAAUCCCAUGCGAGACCCAAAAACGGAGGAGGCCAAGCGUCACAUAAACCAGGGAGUUAAAAUAAAGAUGGACGAGCAGGGCAACAUUCUCAUCAAGAGAUUAUGUAAAAAUAACGUAUAUGUGAAAUCGACAAAUCAGGAGGACAACGCGAUCGGUCCGGAGAUUAUACGAAAUUCGCAGGGUGCACUCGAGCACGAGAAACCCGGAAAGUUGUUCGACAUGAAUAAAUUCCAAACGAAUUUAUCGCGAGAGACGCGAAGGGCCUACCCAGACAGACGGCGAUUGGAGAUGCAGUGCCUGAGCGCUAUCAUAUUCGUGAGAACGGAAGCCGACUUGCUUCAGUGCCCCGUGUGGGUGCUGAUCGUCAACGUAGUAGGAUUGGACAUGCUCAAGUCGAAGCUGCCACCAGUUUUAGCAUUACAGAGGCCGGUGGAUAUAAAAAAUAGACCUAGAAUACCAAUUCCUGACGAGGAUCCCUAUAGCGUGGCCGGUGUGUCGUCGUCCGUAGGUCCUAGCGAAAUAAUGACGGACAGGGACUCACGGGAACAGAUCUACAUGCAGUCGACAAGUUACCAGCAUCGACGUGCGGAAAGACCACCGAAAUUGCCGCCUAGAGAAAAUCUCUACGGCCACGGCAUCCCCAAGCCUGAUUACGACGAUAUAGAUGACGACUAUGGCAGGGCGAUGAAACACCCCAUGAUGGAAGAGAAGCGAAGUAAACAUGACGAUAGGAAAAAAUACGACGAUCCAUAUUACUGCGGUUUACGGGCACGCGUGCCUAAUUUCGUCAAAAUGGCGAGAAACGGUCAUGGCAAGGUGGGCCCACCCCCGCCUCGAGGACACCCCAGGACACAGCCGGCGCCGUCUUAUGCGGGCGCCGCUUACGCUAGUAGUCAAUCUUCUCAAAUAUAUGGGCAUCUGCCGCCCCAUCGACCACCCAUUAUGUAUCACGCCAGAAGCUUCGAAAGUGGACUUGGUAAGAAGCAAUUUUGAGUAUAAUUAUUAUUUUUUAUUUAUCUUAAAAAACAAUCGCUAUUAUGUAUAUUAGUUCAGCGCAGUAGUUUUACCACGUAAAACA